GUGCGCCACAGGUCUCCAUUAAUGCGUUGCACAGCGAUCAGAAUAACGUUGUAAUCAUGAAGAGCUCUGUACUUGCUUUGUGCCUGGCCACAGUUUUGGCAGUACUUUACGUGUCGGUCGAUGCUCAUGAGGGUCACGGACAUGAUCACGGCCACAAGUCGCGCCCCUGUGGGCCGGGCCACCGCUGCUACUACUGUCACUACGACUGCGAGUGCAAUCAUCUGCAUGACCAGUGCAAACCGAGUCACCCAUGCUAUCACAAACACGGAUCAGAUUACGACUGCAACUGCAACCACCUGAAGCCAUGCAACUCCAAGCAUCCGUGCUGGCACGGCCACAAGGUGAAGGGAAGCAAGAAAAUUGUCUACGACUGCGACUGCGACCACCUUGGCUACUGCAACGCCAAGCAUCCGUGCUGGCACCGCCACUGCGACUGUUACUGCAAGCACCAGCAUUGAGACGGGUGUCUGGUGAGACGCUCCCAACAGGCCGGUCCUGCCACCGUCCGACUUUGGAUGCUGUGUGAAUCUAGCUGCGUGUCGCGUGAAUAAAGCUAAAAUAAAUCACGUAGCUUAUUUUUCCGCCGUGUUAUGGGUUAUUCUGUAGUUACAACUGCACAAAAGUCUGUCAGCUAGCGCCUACCUUAUAAUGGUGCUAGCUGUGGAUCAAAUACAGCUCUUUAUUUG